UAGACAAGCUAUGCGGACACAGCCAAGACAACCAGUAACAGAAGCAGAAACAGUAGCAAAAACAGAAACUCUCACCCCAUGGAAUCUCUGAGUACCAAGGAGACAACAACCAAGGACUGCAAUGGAGACUCUGUGUUUGAAAAUGUUGUUAGAGCUCCUGAUGUUCCAGUUUAUGCGGUCAUGGUUGCUUAUAGCAAGGACCCUAGCCCAGUUAAGCUGAAUUUGGGUAUUGGUGUUUACCGGACGGAGGAUGGAAAACCUCAUGUUUUGAAUGUGGUUAGACGAGUAGAGAAGCUACUACUUGAUGAUGUGUCUGCUGCUAAGGAGUAUCUCCCUAUUACUGGAAUGGCAGAAUUUAAUAAAUUGAGUGCUCAGCUUGUUUUCGGUGCUGACAGCCCAGCUAUGAAAGAGAACAGAGUGACUACAGUCCAAUGCUUGGCUGGUUGUGGUUCACUGAGGACUGGAGCUGAUUUUUUAGCAAAGCAUUACCACCAACACACAGUCUAUCUUUCCCAGCCAACAUAUGGAAACCAUCCAAAUUUUUUCUUAGCAGCUGGUCUAACUUUGAAAACUUACCGUUACUAUGACCCAAUAACACGAGGGCUGGACUUCCAAGGAAUGCUGGAUGACCUUGGUUCUGCACCUUCUGGAGCCAUUGUGCUUUUCCAAGUAUGCAGUCAUAACCCUACUGGUGUUGAUCCAACUCUUCAUCAGUGGGAGCAGAUUAGACAGUUGGUGAGAUCAAAAGGACUGCUACCUUUCUUUGAUAAUGCCUACCAGGGCAUUGUAAGCGGAAGUUUGGAUAUGGAUGCGCAGUCUGUUCGAAUGUUUGUUACAGAUGGUGGUGAAUGCCUUGUAGCUCACUCCUAUUCAAAGAUUAUGGGACUCUAUGGAGAACGUGUUGGGGCACUUAGCAUUGUGUGCAAGACAGCAGAUGUGGCGAAGCGGGUUGAGAGCCAGCUGAAACUUGUGAUCAGACCUAUGUAUUCAAACCCACCAAUUCACGGGGCAAGCAUUGUGACUGCUAUAUUGAAGGACAGGGAAAUGUUUGAUGAAUGGACUGUUGAGUUGAAGGCAAUGAUUGAUCGUAUUAUUCACCUGCGUCAGCAACUUUACGAUGCUUUGCGUGAUAGAGGUACACCUGGGGACUGGAGCCACAUUAUGAAGCAGGUUGGGAUGUAUACUUUCUCAGGAUUGAAUGCUGAGCAAGUUGCCUUCAUGACCAAAGAGUACCAUAUCUACAUGUCAUCUGAUGGGAGGAUCAACAUGGCAGGCCUGAGUGCUAAGACUGUCCCCUAUCUAGCUGAUGCAAUUCAUUCAGCUGUUACAGGGAUCAAUUUAUAAAGCUGUAAUGCAGCAAUGCUGUGAGAUUAUCAGGAAUUGGUUCCCAUCAAGUUAGGGACUUUGCUCGUUUAUUUCCAAAGCUUUUUUUCUUGUGUGUCCCAGAACUAAUUAAUCUCUUCCCUUUUUUCUUUUUUCUUUUGACAAUCCAGAAUUAAUAAAGUCAUUAAUCAUAUAAAAAGGGGCAAAGGCCAAUGAUGGUCUGGACAAUGAGCCCACGAAUUGAAUCCUGAA